GACCGAGGAUAUGCAGCAGGAAGCCAUCGCUCUUGCUAUUGAAGCCAUGGAUAAGUUCCGCGUGGAGAAGGACAUCGCGCAGUACAUCAAGAAAGAGUUUGACUCACGCAAGGGUGCUACCUGGCACUGUGUUGUUGGUCGCAACUUUGGCAGUUUCGUCACUCACGAGACCAAGCACUUUAUCUACUUCUACCUCGGCCACUGCGCAAUCCUCCUCUUCAAGACCCAGUAA